UGUUUGAGAGAGAGCCCAGUGAAAUGAGAGCCUGACUUAUGCUCUAUAUAACGGCACCAAGAAUGCGGAAAGUGACACAUUGUGCUGUGCUGCUGGCGGGGCCUCAUCAACAUCAGGCGUCGCCGUUCUUCACCUACAACCAAAUCGCUGCUGCCUCUGUUUGAAAACACAACCAAAGUUUCAUUUUCAUCCAAGUUAUAUUCAUCAGCCAAUAGGGCCAUCAUCUCCACCAUAUAUUGAGUACUCUGAAAGAAGAAUAUUUCAUCGUGACUGUGUCUGUGCUUUACUACACACACACACACACAGCCAAGUCGCCGAAAAAGCCGUCGACUCUGUCUAUAGACCGACUCUCCUCCCCUCCCUAUCCCCCUCCAUCCUUUUUCUCUCCCCUCCCUCUACACACACGAGACUAGACGACAGGGGCCAUUCAGUUUUGACACGUCCGUCCCACACCCCUCGCGUCGUCGUGUGUUUUUUUUUUUAUUAUUUUCGGACACAACGUAACUUGGGAAGACAAAAAAACCUUUUUGACUUGAAACAAACCGACGCAAGUCAUUUGUGUGUAUGUGAAAGUGUUUUGCUUGUUCUAUGCGUGAAAGGAAAAGAAAAUCGAACGCCAUUUGCAGUCUCUCACGCCGGAAAAACGAAAAAAGAACCGAGAAAAACCAGGGGAAUUUUUGACAAAUCUGUUGUGGAUUCUUAGACAAUCACACAAAACGCCCUUGCUCGACAUCACCACCUGGUUUAUACUCUGCUGCUACAUACUGACAACCACCACAGAGAACGGGACAUUGCAAUCUGUGCUCUUCAAGUUUACGUUGAAAAAGAAGACAUUCAUCCCAAGAACAAAAUUUUUGUUAUCAUUUCACAGCCCUGCUACUAUUGCUGAACUCUUUCUAGUAUUAGCCAGUUGGUGGGGAAUACAGCACGAUGGCCUGCUGCCUGUCUGAAGAAGCAAAAGAACAACGACGGAUAAACCAAGAAAUUGAAAAGCAGCUCCGGCGAGACAAACAGAAUGCCAGAAAAGAACUCAAACUGCUACUGCUUGGUACGGGAGGAUCGGGAAAGUCGACCUUCAUCAAGCAGAUGCGCAUCAUUCACGGUGCCGGUUAUUCCGACGAGGACAAACGGGGUUUUAUCAAACUCGUCUAUCAAAACAUAUUCAUGGCCAUGCAGAGCAUGAUACGAGCUAUGGAUAUGCUACACAUCUCAUACGGAGACUCGCCUAAUAUAGAAAAAGCGGAACUAGUCCGGUCCGUUGACUACGAAACGGUCACAACUUUCGAAAGCCCUUACGUUGAAGCCAUACGGGAUUUGUGGAGAGAUCAAGGCAUCCAAGAAUGCUAUGACCGGAGGCGUGAAUAUCAACUCACUGAUUCUGCUAAAUACUAUUUGGACGAAUACGAACGGAUUGUGUUGCCCAGUUAUCUGCCUACUGAGCAAGAUAUUCUUCGCGCUCGUGUACCGACUACGGGCAUCAUUGAAUAUCCGUUCGACUUGGAUUCAAUCAUCUUUCGAAUGGUGGACGUCGGAGGACAGCGAUCCGAACGACGGAAAUGGAUUCAUUGCUUUGAAAAUGUUACUUCCAUCAUCUUUCUCGUUGCUCUAAGUGAGUACGAUCAGAUUCUUUUCGAAUCCGACAACGAGAACCGAAUGGAAGAGUCGAAGGCUUUAUUCCGUACUAUCAUCACGUAUCCAUGGUUUCAGCACUCGUCAGUCAUCCUCUUUUUGAACAAGAAAGAUCUUCUAGAAGAGAAGAUUAUUUACUCCCACAUAGUCGACUACUUCCCCGAAUAUGAUGGACCACAGCGUGAUGCCAUAGCAGCUCGGGAGUUUAUUUUACGGAUGUUUGUCGACCUGAAUCCUGAUUCGGAUAAAAUCAUCUACUCCCAUUUUACGUGUGCUACAGAUACGGAGAAUAUUCGUUUUGUAUUUGCCGCCGUUAAGGACACUAUACUACAACUCAACUUGCGGGAGUACAAUUUGGUGUGAAUUUCUUCGAUCCCUUUCCUGUUUUUCACGAAAAAACGCAAAAAAAAAGUUCAUUGAAGAAUCCGCUCUUGCUCUCCCUCCGCCUCAGUCCUCCUUUACCCCACCCUUCUUAAGUCUUCAAAGGAAGAAAGAAGAAAAAGAUAUAUAGGGAUGGGAAGUGAACAUAGCAAGAAGUCUGGUUCCAUGGUUACUUGGGAUUCGGAUAGCGUGCGUUUAAAAAAAAAAUUGUUUUCAAUUUCCUUCAAUUUCUUCUCUUGAUUGCCCAAUUAGUUUAAAACCACAGUAAAUGGGUGAGAAAAAAAAAUCGUAGUGGUGUGGUGAAAUGCCGUUAGAAUCUGAACGCUGCGCUCUCUUACUCUCUUUGCCACUUUUUUAGGGAGAGGGAGGCUGAUAUUCGUCGUGACUUGGGUUCAACAAGUCAAGUUGUGAAUCGUUCGCAGAGCUCAGUGACCAAAUGGUGUUACCUCUUCCUCUCCCCUGACACAACCGCGUCCUCCCUUCGCCCAUCUCCGCUCUGUGUACAUAAUGAAUUUAAGAAAAAAAAACAAAAAAAGCAAAAAAAAAAGCAAAAAAAAUCGUCGAUGAUUUGUUUCUUCCUCUCCUAUCUCUUAUGCUCCGCUACCCUCCUUCAGAUUUCGACUCCCCAAAAGAACUCGAGUUAAAAAGUUCAAUUAGAUACAAACAUGUAGAAGAAUUGCUUGAGUUUUUUUGUUUUUUUAAAUCCCGUUUCGACACGAAAGUAUUUUUUGUUGUUAGAAACUAAGGGCAAAACACAUUCUGUAUUCAAUGACAUUGUCUGUGUGUGUGCGUGUGUGUAUGUGCAUGUUAUAUGAGAUGUGCUGAUCACAGGCGAAACUAACGUGUAGACAGGUUUUGUAAGAAGGUGCGCAGGUUAACUGAAGCAGAAGGCGGGGGGGAAGAAACAUUGCCUAGCUAGAAUCGUACUAAUAUUAAUUAUUAUAACAGUUUUGUCACUGCGUGUUCAUUUCGGCGCGGGAGACAAAGAAAAUUAAGACAGAAAGGACGAUACCCUUUUUUUUCCUGCACUGACCGCCUCCCCCCCUUCUUCUCUCCACUGCUCCUCCUGAUUUCGGCUCUAGUCUCGCCCCCCAGUUGUUCAUUAUUGGGGACAUGACAUAAGAAAAAAAAACAAUUAAGAAAUUAAAUCUACAGCGGACCCCUGAAAUCUAUACGUUAUUCUUCAUUUCUUUUGACUGUACUUAAAAGAAAAAAACGAAGUCAUCGGCCAUUUUAGUCGCAAAUUGAUUGUUUUCGCUCCUCCAUCAUGUGUAUGUGCAAUUUCCAUUUUUUUUUUUUUUUUUUAUAAUUCUCCCUAUUCCUUUCUUCCAAACCCAUUUCUCCCUCUUAUCUUCCCAUUUCUCACUUGUUCUAUAUACUGUGACCCGCCUACCACCCAUUCCCUAUCCUCCCAGUUUUGAUUCUUUUAGUUUAUAUCAAUGAAUAUGUUUGUUUAUAUUUUGCGCGCGGAUGGGGCCAGGCCAUCAGUUUCAAAUUACUUUCUAUGUUAGGGUUUUCUUGUAACCCCUUCAAGAAAGAUGACAUAAAUUCGUAGUUCUUUUAUUUUUAUUUUUGUUAAUCAGAAAAAAAAAAGUAAAAAAGGAAAAAAAUCAUUCACUUCCCGCCACUUGUGUGCUGUCUUGCUCGAAAAA